AAUCGAGCGAACUGAAUCAGCUGUUUUUGUGGCCUGACUGAGCGCUCCUCUUCUCUUAUAUAAACUGAGGGACUCUCAGUGGAAACAGCAGUUCUACCUACACCGACAGCAGGCAAGAUAAUGAUGCGUGGCAUAACUUUCCUGCUGGGGGCGGCAUCUCUGUGCCUGGCUCGUCCAGACAAUCUGGGAGACUCCCUAGGACUUUUCCCCGCGGAAGAAAGUAGCCCCGCUCUCUCUGUAAGGGCGGAGACCACGCCCACAGCGAACCAGAUUCUUGACGCCAUCGCACGAAGGGCAGUUGGCAACAUCAGAGAAGCCGGCUGGGGCUCGUCCAAAAACGUCCAGGAUGGCUACUCGACCAUCCCAUUCUCCGUCGAUGCUGGGGUCCCGUCCAGCGAGCAGUUCUCCAUCACGGGCGGAUACAUCAAGGGCCUGACCUCCCUCAGGCGAUCCAAGACGGCCUCCUUUUCCAAAGACAAGAGCAAACUCAGUGGGACGCUCGUCGCCGAAAACGUCUGCGCCACCGCCGACUACACCGUCAAAUUCAACGGGGUAGGGGAGGCCCCUGCCCAAAACAUCAAGGGCAAGGUCACCGAAUGCGUGGACAAAAUCUUCGCCGACCUCGUGGUGGCCUUAGACAACUACGUGCCCCAGAACAUCCUGUCUUACAUCGUCAGGUCCGGCCACGAUUCCGUCAGCGUCUCGAACAUGGGCGGGAACGCCAUGGCCAAGGUCCACGAAGCGGGGAUUCGCAAGUCGCUCCGUCAGCACAUUGAGAAGACCAUGGAGACGAACAUCAAGGUCAAAGUCAACCAAGCUAUUCAGGACAUGAAAGCGGAAGGGACGUGGCAAUAGGAAGGAUCCGCUUGCGAAGGACCGGUGCUCGUUUUAUUGACAUCUUUUGAGAAUUGUUCUUGGUACUUUGAGAGUGAAUGCUGAGAGAUAAGUAAAUUGUUAUCAUAAUGAAAA